AUGGUUGCCACUAUUCGUCAGUACAAGGCUGCUUGUGUUCAAGCCGAGCCAGGCUGGUUCGACUUGGAAAAGUCUGUCCAAAAGACGAUCAAUCUCAUCACCGAAGCUGGCGAGAAGGGAUGCAAGUUGAUUGCAUUCCCAGAGCUUUCUGACUGUGACGAUAGAUACACCUACUGGGGAUGGCGUGUCAACUACCAAGACUCGUUGCCUCUGCUCAAAGAGUACCACAAGAACAGUCUGCGUCCCGACUCUGAUGAGAUGCGCCGCAUUCGCUCCGCUGCCCGCAAGGCUCAGAUCUAUGUGUCUCUAGGCUACUCUGAGAUUGAGGGCAAUAGCAUGUACAUUGCCCAGAUUAUCAUUGACCCUAAUGGCGAUGUUAUCAACCACCGCCGAAAGAUCAAGCCCACUCACGUGGAGAAGCUUGUGUUUGGUGAGGGAACUGGCGACUCUUUGGUCAGUGUGGUCGAAACCGAGAUUGGUAACCUUGGCCAUCUCAACUGCUGGGAGAACAUGAACCCCUUCCUCAAGGCGAACGCUUGCGCUCAAUACGAGCAGGUCCACGUUGCCGCUUGGCCCGUCUACCCUCCCGCAUCAACUCUGCAGUACCCCGACCCUUACACCAACAUAUCCGAAGUGCAGUCUGAGCUCGUUACUCCCGCGUACGCGUAUGAGACGGGCACUUGGACGCUCGCUCCCAGCCAAGUCGUCACUCGAGAGGGUGCCCGAGCCAACCUACCCCCGAGACUACGGAACGAUGAAGCCGCUGUUGAUGCGGAAGCUGCCGUGAUCGGGAACGGCUUUGCACGCAUCUACCGCCCAGAUGGUUUCCGCGCCGUUCAGGACCCGCCCAAGGACUUUGAGGGCAUCUUCAUUGUCGAUAUCGACCUCGAUGAGAACCUUUUGACCAAGCGUCUGGCUGACUUUGGUGGGCACUACAUGCGACCCGAUCUGAUCCGCCUUUUGGUCGACAAGACGCCCAAGACGUUCCUCGUGGAUGCCGACAAUGUUGACCCCAAGAACUUCCCAAGCUCGUUGCAGCGCCUUGGAUUAGACAAGCCUCUCCCUGCACCUGAGGAGUAG